AUGGUGACCCGCAAGCCACUUCCCGCAGGUACCAACAGCAUGGAUACUCCUACUCCUACACCGCAUGCAGCUCCAUAUCCCACCUCACCCACCGAGCCGAGCCACGAUUUCUCGGAAAAAGACGGGAAGAAGUUGACUCGAAGAGAUUCAGAUGGYAGUAUUGCCUCCAACGGCACAUGGGACGACAGCGACGACGAGGAUGGAUUUGUCGCCGUGCCGCAACCGCUGAAGAUUCGUCCCAGUUCGCAAGAUUUGGCGGGCAAGAAACAAGAAGAUGGACUGCCGGCCGCUUUGAGGCCGGGAGGAGGGAAUGUGCAGGCGGAUCUACCAGCGGCAUUGAGACCCGGCCCAGCAGGUGGGAGUAGGAAUGAGAGUGAGAAUGGUCUGGAAGGCGGGAACCCAUGGGCAACAGCAGACAGCAGCAAGAAUCCCUACAAACAAAAGAUUGGGGAGGAUUUGUCAACAGAAAGCACUCAGAACGUUUGGCAACAAGCACAGCCGAGUCAUGCUCCACCAUCACAGCCAGCACAAGCUCCUCCACUACCGCCGGCAGAGGAUAUGUCCAAAAUGUCCCUACAUGACGGUCCGACGGGCAGCUAUGAGACGGCCGAGGUGUUGUCUGUUCCCCACAAGGGAAUGCCGCCCUUCUCACCUGUUGCACCUCAAUCGACCGGCAACUCUACAGAAUCGUCCGCUUUCCCGUCUACCAAUCCCUGGUCAGGUACUGAAGGUCAUUCUGUGCCAUCACCGGGUCUGCCUCCCAAAGACCCGCUGCCGCCAGCAGGAAACGCACCUAAUCAACCAUUCCAACCUCCUUAUCCGAAUGAUGAUCCGCCUCCCAUUCAUAACCAACAGCAUUAUCAGCCGUCUGUGCAGUAUCAACAACAUCAAGCCCCGGCCCAAGAUCAGCAACAGCAUCAACAUCAAGWUCAACAUCAGGCACCACUUGUCCAACUCCAACAUCACCAACAACCGCCUCCCAUCCAGCAGUAUCAGCCGCCUCCUGGACCUCCUCCAACGUCAUCCUUCAAUCACGACGAUGCACCCACGUCUUCUACCGCAGUGCCUCCCGCCCAGGUCAAUGAAACCACUCGCAAUGAAAUCUACCAAGUCAAACACAUUCGAUGGUGGGAUGCUGCUUCAAAUUCCAUGCGCAGCUCUCCCAUUCUUACCCAAAAUGCCAACGGUCCAUGUCCCCUCCUCGCUUUGGUCAACGCCAUCGUGUUGAGCACUCCUGCAGAGCUCAACACGCCUCUUGUAACCGCACUCUCCGACAAUGGAGUCCGCUCGCAAAUCAGUUUGGGACUCCUACUCGACGCGCUCUUUGACGAACUCACAUCAACAGGGCGAGGCGAGGCACUCCCGGAUGUCACUGAGCUAUACGCCUUCCUUCUCGCGCUACAUACCGGAAUGAAUGUUAACCCUCGCUUCAUCACUCCCGCAAUCACUCCAAGAGGAUCGCUCGAUGGACAUCCUUCUGCAGUCAACCACAUCCACCCUACCAAUCGCUCUCAAAGCAAAGCCGGCGCCUUUGAGGAGACCAAGGAGAUGCGACUCUAUAGCACUUUGAACAUCCCUCUGAUUCAUGGUUGGAUUCCUCCUCCGGCAACUCCUGCUUAUGCAGCAUUCUCCCGAUCCGCACAGACGUUUGAAGAAGCACAAAACAUUCAGUUCCUUGAGCAAGACUACCUCGCCCUCCCUCAGCUCGACGACAGACAAUCACAAAUGCUGGAAGACAUUCGCACAAUCAAGCAAUUCCUCUCGAACUGGCCUACGCAGUUGACCGAAUAUGGCCUUGAAGCCAUCAGCAGUAGUCUCCAGCCUGGACAGAUUGCGAUCUUGUUCAGAAACGAUCAUUUCAGUACAUUGUACAAGGAACCGAGAGGAGGUGCAUUGAUGACGUUAGUGACUGACACUGGAUAUACCUCGCAUGAAGAAAUCGUGUGGGAGRGUCUCGUGGACGUGAAUGGGGCUGCGGCAGAGAUGUUCAGUGGUGACUUCAGGACAGUCUCUCAUGGUGGGGAUAAUACUAGAGUGGAGAGGAAUGAGGAAGCUGGUGGAGUGGCGCAGUGGGAAGAAGCCCAGAGUGGACAGGAGCAGGGUAUCGUUGGCUCAAAUGCUACAAGUGAAGCCGUCGCUGAGGCGGAGGUCGCGCCGCCUCUGCCGGGUCCACGACCCACCACAGACGGCCCAACUAUGRGCGCCGCAGAACAAGCAGAUCACGACUUCGCUCUCGCCCUACAACUUCAAGAGGAGGAGGAAGAUGCACAACGUCAAGCGGAUGAGCGUAGGAGAAGAGAGCGAGAACUUAGCGAACGCUUCCUCUCAAGUCAAGAAACACCACCUACGAUCCCUCCACGAAGAGGGAGUGGAAGACGAACGAGUGGUGCUCCUGUAUCUCCACGGCCCAACGGGAGACCGGCAGUUUCGAGACCKGCCGGAGAUGCAGGUGGAGAUGCUCCCCCACCCAGCUACGAGCAGAGCAGGACUGACCGGGUUCUGAGGCCUGGAGAGAGACCGCCGCAGCCACAGACACAACAACAGCAGCAGCAUCAAGCACCCAUGAUGCACGGGCGUGGUGGUACGAGUAACUCUGCUGGGAGAGGACGAGGUGGUCCAACGAGAGGUGGAACGAGAGGUGGGAGGGGAGGAGGCGUGGGAGGAGCGGCGAAUGUCAAGGAUGCAGAGGACAAAUGUGUUUUGAUGUGA